UGAUAAAAUAAAUCGAUAUAAACAUUUUUUAAAUUUAAAAAAAAGCUUGAUCAUAGUCACAAAAGGAAAAUAAAAGAAUGUUGAAAAUCGAUACAGGGCUAGAAAUCAUUCUGAUAUUCUUAACAAUUUCUCCAGUUUCGGGAUAUAACUGUAAUGAACCAACUGGUAGUGAUUGCUCCUGGUACAAAGAUUGUUUGGAAAAUAUAAAUACUUGUGGAACUCAAGGUUAUGCAUUAAACUAUGCUUUAAGUUACUGUAAUAAAUACGAAAAAAAUUUUAAUAAAUUUUCAUCAGAAGGACAGAAAUGGAUAGCUGCAGUGAAAAAGUGCCUUCAAUUAAAACUUGCUUCUUUAUUAAAAAGCAAAGUUAACGAAAAACUCAGCUGCGCUUUUAUAAAGCAAUUUGCUUUUGAUUCACAUUUACCGUGUUACGUAGAUCCAACAGGUUCUAGAACGUAUUCAUUCUGUAGCUUAAGCAUAAAAGAUAAAUAUGAGGUAGUUAACACCAUUAAAGGAGCUUUUUUAUCUGAAUUUGUGGCAAGUGUUAAAGGAGGGCGAGAUUUAAUGAACAAAUGUUGGUUCAACAUUAAACAAAUUUAAUAAUGUUGUAUUUGUAAAUUAUCUUAAGUAAUGGUAAUAUAAUUUUUUUCA